AUGGCGUCUUUCAAGGACAUACAAACCUCGCGGCCCCUUACUCACCGGCCUGCCCUUUCGUCGAGUCCGGCCCCUGGGGGCGGUCUGUCGAUUACUCGGCAGGCACACACGCGCAACAGCUCGCACUCGCUGCUUAGCAGCACUCUCAAUGGCACUCAUCGCAUUACACGCCGCAAAAGCAUGACCAACACCGGCGCAAACGUCGCAGCAUUAGCCGCAGCUCUCCAGGAAUCUGGCGAGAUGUCUGGGCCUCUGCCCAUCGCUUCUGGUUCGCGUCGCAACACCAUGUCGAAGCAGGGCCUCUCGCGCCAGGCCAUCGUUGGAAGCCUUCCGUCCCCACCGGGGAGUCUACCCAAUCGCCAAUUCGUGACCGACGAUAGCGGGAACGGCAACGUACAGGACAGCGCGAUCGAGGACGAGCCAAACGACGUGUCUGGAGAAGAUGCUGCGGCGGCUUUCAAGAAGGCACGCAUGAGGAGAGCCAGCGAUGGUCAGCCCUUGGUAAAGGAAGGCGGCCGAAGGUUUAACCGCCCAGAACUCCGCUGCGAGACAUGUGGGAAGGGAUACAAGCAUAGCAGCUGCUUGAAUAAGCAUUUGUUUGUGCCCACUUUCCUCCCCCUAUCCUCUCCCACCUGGUGGGAGCACACUCCCGAGUGGUCAUACACGUCCAAGCUCUUGAUCUCCAAGCACCAGCAAGUUCAGCUGUUAGAAGCUGCUUCGGUCCUGGUUGCUAUGAACGGCAAUCCCCCAAGGCGUCCCACCGCCGCAGCCGUUCCCGCCGCCUCCGCGUCGGUUCCGACGACUACGACGACACCUCCAGACUUAGGAAGGCACUUCAGCAGCGACCGAGAUUCCUCCUCUCCACCCGCGAGUGGAUAUUCGGAACAGCAAGACCGCAGCUCAGCCGAUACAACUCCGCCGCCACAUCUGGAUGACAUCUCGGCACCCCACGGAUCGUAUACUUCUAGCUUCGGUUGGAGAGAUGGGUAUGGCCCAGGGGCUGGCCUCUCCCAGUCAUAUCAACCCGGUGUGUAUGGUUCCUCGGUUGCCGAGAGUGUCACCAGUGUUUCUGGCUUCGGGCACCUUGGACACUUCCGUCAGCCUAGUCAGGACCAGCGACCGACAUCAUCGGGCAGGAAUGCCACGGGGAAGGAUGAUCGAGAGCUGGCGGCGGCUGUUGAGGCUCUGAGCUGCAGCUACAACAGCAAUACCGGAUCCCGACGCGGCCCUUUCCCGACGGACGUGCCCCCAGUACCUCCGCUCCCACAGUAUCUUGGCGAUGACGUGUUGUCGGGCACGAGCUUCAUUGGAAGCUACCCUAGCAGGGCACCCGAGAGCUUCGAGCGUGGCGCAGGACGCCGAUACGAUAUCGAUACCAAGAUGGCGGAAGAUAGUGACGACGAUGAUGUUCGGUCUCGGGCACGCAGCGACGAAGAUGACGACGGCGUCUUUGGGAAAAUGGAGGAGUGA